AUGUCUUUGUUUGACGAAGGACCUCCCCGCAUAACAGAGGUUGAAUUGCGAGAAUUGCUACGGACCGUGAUAAUCGAAGUCCAGAAAGAAAGCAAUUUUUGUCUUUUCAUCGACGGCCUCGACGAGUUUUCUGGAAAUCCCCAGGACCUUGUCGGCCUGAUCACAAGCCUCUUGCCCGGCAAUCAUAUCAAGAUUUGCCUCUCUAGUCGCCCUUGGAGUGAAUUCGAAGAUGCUUUCGAAGGCAAACCAAACUUGAAACUCGAAGAUCUGACCUACGAGGACAUCAAAAGUUUCAUUCACACGAGGUUUGCCGAGGAUCCAGGAUUUCAGCGUCUCGUGAAACGAGAGCAUAAGUAUGCCGGUCAAUUAGAGGACAAUAUCACAGCGAAAGCCGACGGAGUUUUCCUGUGGGUCAACUUGGUGAUCAGGUCUCUUCUGACUGGAAUGGGGAACGACGACAGAGUCUUGGAUAUGCAAAGAAGACUCAAUCAACUCCCACCGGAGCUGGAAGGUCUCUACACUACGAUGCUCAAUUCUCUACAGGGAUUCUACUUCAAUCACGCAGCGGAGUAUUUCCAGCUCAUGAAAGCAUGGGAGACAUCCCCGCCCGCGGUGUUGAUUUAUUUGAUCGACGAAAUGGAAACACCAAAAGACGUCAAAGACAGAAGGGAUCAAGGUUACGAUUUCUCACAUGAUGGAAUGCGCCAAAUGGUUCAAACCACUCGUCGCAGAAUCAAUAUUAGUUGUCGAGGGCUUGUUGAGGUAACAUCAUCCUCGAUCGACAAGUCAAGUGUGGACAGUUUCGGAUCGGUCCAAUAUACCCACAAGACCGUCGGAGAUUAUAUUCGGAGACCAGAACCUUCAAGGCCGUUCUCGUCGGAGACGGGCAUGACCCCAGCCGUAACACAAUCCUACUCAACGAGGAAUCAGAGAGACUGGACUUACUGGAGGCCCGGAGGAACUUCGCUUCAUCUUGCCUGA